UAAACAAAAGGUCGGUGAUAAAUAGUUAUCAGCUAUAUAAAUAAUCAUAUUUAAACAUUGUGUUUGAUUUGGACUGAUUAAAAAACAUAAUAAAACAAAAAAAAUUGAUAAAAGAACGAGUAUGAAUCAAGGUGAAAAAACUGAUAAUAAUCAAGGAUGGUUAAAAGUAAUAGGUAGCACACGUCCUAUUUCUUUUUUCCUCAAAUCAUACGCAAUGUUUAUACUAUUGUGUGACAUAGUAUACUUCCUCACCUAUUUAGUCGCCUCAAUUUUCCAAGCAAUACUGAAUUUCAUUAGGCCACCUAAAUUGAAAUCGCUUAAAGGUGAAAUUGCAGUAAUAAUUGGUGCAAGCCGAGGUGUGGGGAGAGAAUUAGCAAUAAAGCUUGCUGAGCAAGGAACAGUUCCGGUUUGCCUUGAUAUUAAUCAUAUUGAUAACCAAACAUUAGUGAAAGAUAUCCGUAAAAUGGGACAUGAAGCAUUUGGUUACACGUGUGAUGUUACAUCGAAGGAUCAAGUAGAGCAUGUUAUAGAUGCAAUUGAUAGAGAUGUUGGAGACAUUUCAAUGUAUUUCCACUGUUGUGGAGUACCCAGUCCAAGAAGCUUGGUUUCGGAACCACCACCCAUACAAGUAACAAUGGAUGUUAGUAUUGUAUCACACUUUUAUUUACUUGAUCAAAUUCUACCAAAAAUGAAAAAAUUGAAGUAUGGGCACAUAGUUCUUUUAACUUCUGUAGCUGGACUAAGUUGUAUUAAAACACAACUUCCAUUAGCAGUAGCUCAAUUUGCCGUACAAGGUUUAUUUGAGUCCCUAGUAGAAGAUCUUCGAAUGUCAAAAUGCCAAGAUUUAAUUCAAAUUUCUUUGAUUCACAUCUAUCCUUUUAUUGUUAGUGAGAAUCUGGAGAAUGAUAUAAGAUUACGGAUUCCAUCGUAUUUUGGAACAAUUCGUGCAGAACACGCUGCUCUUCAAAUACUACGUGGUGUGCGAAGGAAUCAAAUGGAGAUUAGUAUACCUACAUAUUACUUUUAUAUUGGGAAUAUUUUGCGUAUGUUGCCUAAAAACGCUACUUACCUUUUAAGGGAGAUGUUGGACACAGGUGUUGAUUUUGGAUAAAAUUUUAAAGUCUUCCAAAUUUUAAGAUGUUUAAAUUGAAAAUUAAUAAAGCCAAAUUCAACAAUCAGUAGCAAAACCUGCAAAUAAAAAUAUUUGAUUUCGUGU